AUGAUACUUAAUGACGCAGAAACAAGUAUUGGUUCAUAUGCCUUUGCCAAUUCAACAAUUAUUUCAAUAACAGGCUCUAAUAUCGCUUCAAUUAGUCCAUAUGCAUUUUAUAAGUGUUCUGAGCUUCAAACGAUUGAUCUUUCAAAAGCUAGACAAAUUGGCAUUUAUGCAUUUACAGAAUCAGGAUUAACAGAAGCAAACGUCAACUCCAUUGAAUCAUUAACAUAUUCCUUCUACAAAUGUGAACAAUUAACCACUAUCACACUUCCAGAUAGCAUAGCUGUUGAUAGAGAACUUGAUAUGACUGGAAUUUCAACAAUCACUUUUUCAAAUAUUGGAGAAAAGUUUUUUAUGCCAUCACUUACCGAAUUAACAUUUACAGGCGAUAUGUUUCAAAUUCAAACAAAUCAGCCAAGUUUAGAGACAAUUAUUUUCACGAAUCCUAAUAUAUAUUCAGUCUCUAUAACAAAUCAAUUUUCAAUGCAAAAAGUUGUUUUUCCUGCAAGUAUUAAUGGUGAACUAUCUGCUAGUUUCCAAAAAUGUGUUAAACUAACAACAGUAGAAAACAGUAAUUUGAUUACAAGCUUAAUCCAAUAUAUGCCUUUUGCAUCAUGUGUUUCUCUCGAGACAAUUGAUUUGUCAGGUGUUCAUGAAUUCAAUGAUGAAGAUUUCUUGAAUUGCUACAAACUGAAAACAAUUAUUGGAUUUAAUGAUGAUGGGGAACACACUACUCCAUAUACUUUGUAUGGUAGAUUGUUCAGGAAUUGCUGGAAUUUUAAGAUCUCGUCAAUUACAGAAGGUAAAUACACAUUUGAUGGUUAUUCUCCAGUAAAUACUUUUGCUUGGACAGGAAUUGAAGAGUUAACACUUGGAUAUUGGGAAUCCGGUGGCUUUUAUUUCUUUGGAUGCAAAAAUUUGAAAACCGUUGAUAUGUCAUCAAUUACAAAUCUUGAUACUAUUCCUAAAUAUAUGUUUAGGGACUGUAUUAGUCUUACUCAAGUUAAACUUCCAAGUAGUGUAACAAGUAUUCGUGAUUAUGCAUUUGAAAACACAAAAAUUCUUAUAUACGAAAAAAGGAGAUUUGACAUUCUGUCAAAUCUCCUCAAAAAGUGA